AUGGGUAACUGCUGCUCCUCCAAUUCAAAAAAGAGGAGGCAGCCGGAGGAGGCACAUGUACGGGAGCAGCUCCAUGGAGAAGUUAAGGAGGAUGGGAGGCCAAAACUGAACGUGAAACCCAGCGACAGCGCACCGUUGGACGGGGUACAACUGACGUCUUGCAGGGCAGAGAGCACAGGCGAGCCAGCACAGAAGGAAGGGGCACACGGCGGAAGCAACAAAAGCGAUAACCCCAACGGCGAAGAUGAUUCUGAUGAUUUGAAAUUUUUUACGCUCCCAUUCGCAUUCACGCCACGGGAAGUGGGCGAGCCGUCAAAUAACGGCACGCCAGAUGAAGAGCGUGAAAGUUUGAGGGAUGCUGAAGAUACUGCGACUGGCGAAUUUGAAUUCGUUACGGUACAAGGCUCGCCGUUGAGCUUUAACCAAUCCCCAGGGCAGGGAGACAACAGUGCUGGCCCAUACGCGGGACUGUAUAGCAUGGACACGAUGGCUGAACCGAUUGAAAUGAGCGAUUUGUUUAUGUCGUGCCGUAGUUUUCAUAGGGCUGCCUCUUCAAUGAUAAGUGGCACUCAACCCCUAGCGAGGUUGCCGAGUGAACGCUCAUGGCGACUUUCAUUGCCACCUCGGCCUGCGACGCGCAAUGAAGAUGCGUCUGAGGCGGCCUUUAUGUCCUGCCGCAGUGUUCCUUUGCCGACUCCCUUUUUAAGAGAUCCAAAAGUGGUGGGCUGGCACAGGAGUGCCCCAUUUUCACGGGGCGUUGGGGCGGAUCCUUCGCACAUGUUGCCGCAAGCACAAAACAACGUGACUUUUGAACGGUUCUCGAGCAUGGCGGCUUCAUCGGCGAGGGCAGGGACGCCGGAGAUGCGCGACUUUUCGCGCAUGGAAAGCAGGAAUGAGAGCCUUUUGUGCUAUUCUUGCAUUUCGAUACCAAGCAUGCUUUUCACGAGGGAUGAUAAAAGUCUACAAGCCCCUAUGGCUCAGCCGAUAUGCGGUUUUGGUCAAAGCACCCUCCAGGGACAGAAAGAGGCUUGUGCUCAGUCAUUGCCACUGUCGCCAGAAAAUGUAUCACCCAUGCCACGUUUUCCGCAAUUGCAGCAGAAAAAGCUUCCGCCUAUUGUGGCGGCACGGUCCUCUUUGCCGGAUCUCCCGUUGUAUCCAUCCUCUAAAGGCUCGCGCGGCUCCACGCAUGCCGUAUCAUAUGCUUCGUUCCGCUGGAAGAAGAAUUUUCUACCCCUUCAGAGUUCUGGCCCAUCGUCAGCCGCGCAAAGCUCUGCUGGCAGGCGGCCGGCGGAAUUUACCGGAACUGCCCUGACAACAAGACCGCGAAAAGGGCGUUUGAGCACUGGGCAUGCAGCGGGAGCGAUGAAGUAUGCGAGGGGUGCUUCGUGCGUUGAAUUCUGCCAUCAAUCGCCUUGGGCAAAGUUGGCUGAUAUACGCGCCAAAUCGACGGCGAUUUCUUUAUCUUCCCUGACGACGGAUGGAAGGGCCAGUACUGGGAGUCACGAAGGAUCGCGUAGGGGUAGUGUACAGAAGCAGGAAAGGGGGGAGGACGAGGAGAAGGAAUUGGUGGACCAAAGCGGCCACGGGGAAGACGACGACACGCUGAAAGAGCGGCAAGAGGGUCUAUCCUGUCAAUGCGUGGAUCCGGUGAUAAGGGAGCCACGUGGGGAGGACGCAGGUGCCUCUCCAAACACGGGGGGAGUGGAGGAUAGCGUGGCUCCAGAGGCGGUGGGGAAAAGUGGCAGCCCACUGCAAGCGGUGAAUACGUUGGAGACGCUUCACGCAGACGCAUUUGCCGCCUCCCGCGUUUCAAACGGGACAAAGAAUUCCGUUUCUUUGGGGGAAGGUGCGGUGGAUCUUGAGCAGCCCGGGCUCAACGAGGCUAGCGAGGCUGAGGAGGGCAGUAAUGGGAGGGCACGAAUGUCACUUGCAGAAGUUAACGACAUGAAGGCAAGAACGGCCCUGCCAGAUGGCGUGGUUGAGCAGCACCCAGAAUAUUUUUCCGUACUGUCCCCUCCUCCCAUUCUUUCCAUCGCCUCCGCCGGCUGCAACAUCAGCAGCGAGGAUGUCGAUAGGGAAACAUAUGGCAAUGACAGCUCUGCCAACAGGAUAGGUGAUUCGGUGAUCGGGGAUCAAUUCGGUAAAGACACGGGGGGACAGCAUGAAUUUGACGCCGCCAAGCGCCCCUUUGUAGCCUAA